GUGUGCAUACGCGCGCACAACGCACCUUGUAUGUGUACUAAGAUACCGCAUACGAGAGAGAAAGAAAGAUAUGUGGAAACACAGUUGAAUGAGAUAAAAGCAAUAAUGAAGGAGGGAGAACGUUGGAGUCUGAAUUCUUCGGUUUAGUUGGUUGCUGUGGCUCUAGAAGGCAACUGCUAACUUAUUCGAGUAGUUGUUGACAGUUUGUUGGCUCUUGGUUGUCACACGGCGUGACUGCAAUCGUGUGUUGAGAAACGGUCUCUGCUACAUGCUGGAAUUUUUAUGUCAUUUAUGUGUGAUUUGUGCCAUUUGUAGAUAGAAAACUGAGUGGAUUUCAAAGAAAAUGGCGGGCCUGUUUAGGCAGGUGUUUGCUGGAAUGGCAGGUGGCUUAUGCUUGUUGAUUGUCGGCUGUUGGCUAGGUUGGCCCUCUCCAUGGCUUAGAAAACUACAACAGGGUGAGGCCAAUUUCAAUCUGACCAAAGAAGAGAGAUCCUGGGUAGUAGCUCUGAUGGACUUCGGCAAUGUGCUCAGCCCCAUACCCACUGGCUACAUGAUGGACGCAUGUGGGAGAAAGCCCACAUUCUUCGCUACUGCUGUUGUCUUUCAGGUAUCGUGGCUGCUAGCAGUGUACGCGAACGGGCCCACCCUGUUGUACGUGGCGCGCCUUCUGGCGGGCAUAGGCAAAGGCAUGGGCUUCACAGUGGUGCCCAUGUAUCUGGCCGAGAUCGCCGAGGUCAAAGUGCGCGGAGCCCUCAGCGCCAUCUUCACAUUCCUGCUGUUCUCGGGCACUCUGCUGGAGCUGGUCAUCGGUCCCUAUGUCUCCUACAACACACUCAACGUCAUCUCGUCCACCAUUCCUGUGCUGUUCUGUGUGCUGGUCGUGCUCAUUCCCGAGUCGCCCUACUUCCUGCUCAUGAAGAACAGGCGACAGGCCGCCUACCGGUCGUUUUGCUGGCUGCGCAACCACUACAAGGGCAAACAGCAGGCGCAGUCUGUCGGCCACGAUGCUGUCAUCGAAACUGAGCUCGAAAAAAUGGAUGCCCAAGUGCAGAAGGAAAUGGCCUCACGCGGCGACUGGUCAGACCUGGUGGGGUCACGAGGCACGCGGCGCGCGACAUUGGCAGUGAUGUCUCUGUGCGCGAUGCAGCGCUUCGGAGGCAUCAGCUGCAUGUUGGCCUACACAUCGACCACCCUGCCCGAGACAGGUGGUGGCCCCGGGUUGGGUCCCGAGGCCUACAUGAUGAUCUUCGGCCUCGUGCUGGUCCUGGCCAACUUCAUCUGCAUGCCGCUCAUCGACUGGCUUGGCCGCAAACCGCUGCUCAUCAUCAGCACCAUUGUCAGCACCGUUGUGCAGGCGGCUUCCGCAUACUUCUACUAUGUGAGGCAGGUGCCUGAUUACGACUACAGCGGACUGACGUGGAUUCCCUACGCUGGUCUGGUGCUGUUUGCGGUCGCUUAUUCGUUGGGAAUAGGAGUGGUCCCCAAUACUCUACUGGGAGAACUGUUCCCGGCUAACGUGAAGAGCAAGGCGGCAGCCGUUGCUACGAUUUUCUUCGCGAUCGCCUCAUUCUCAGUGAACAAAGUGUACCCGUCUGUGCCCAACUACACCAUGUUCGCGUUCUUCGCACUAACCAACUUCAUCGCAACCAUCUUUACCUGGUUCUUCGUCAUUGAAACCAAAGGAAAAUCCUUCUCAGAGAUUCAACAGCUUUUGAACAAGCAGAAGUGAUGAACAAUUUGAAUAUUGACAAUCUAAAGUAGAACUGAAACUGGAUAUAAUGUGCAGGACCUAGUGAACUAGGUACUACAAAUAUUGUAGUUUCCUGUAUAUUUUAUUGUUUAGUAAACUGAAUUCCAAUACAUCAAUUAACGAUAGUUUAAAAUAAGAUAUUUAAGAAAAAUAUGAGACUGAGAACUGAUAUAUAAGUGAUAAUAAAUAUUUUGUGGUAAGAUGAUAUUAUUCCUGUAUUGACAAUAUGAUGAAGAAUUUAAAAAUAUAUUAUUGUUAGUGACCUACCAAUAAAUUUCAAAUAUAGUUCCAUGAUAGUAAGUUGUUAUAACUUGUAAUAGGCUCUUGAAGAGUCAAGAGCUAGAAUAUGAUAAUAUUGCACGGUAGUUUUAAUGAAGGUUAAGUUUGGUUGAGAUUGGAAAACGCAAUGUUAAUAAGGAUAUGUGGUCAGUUAUUAUUUAAAGUUGAACGGACUUUGCAUUAAUGAUGGAUUUUUGUAUUUUUUGUAAAUUAAACUAUUCCAGUGUAAAAAUACGUAAUGUACUGUUUUAACAGGGAUUGAAGAUAGCUUCUAUUCGAACUUAGAAGAGAGAGGAAUAAUGGUUGUACGCAGAUACGUUAAUGAUUAUCAUUGUUAAUAUAUUUUAUAUGAAUUAUAUUAUUGAAUCUACAUAGUAA